AUGACUUCACUGGUCAGAACACUAUCAACCACUUCACUCACCUCCGUACGACCCACAAUUAUCGCGACACACCGGAGAAGCGGGAGUAACACGCAGCAAACAACUCCCCAUCAUCAUCCACACGGCCAUCAUCAUCAUCGCCACCGUCAUCACGAGAAGGAAGAGUCUUGGGAAGAAAGUACAGAUGGUCAAGGGGAUACCAAUGGCGGAGAGCAAAAGAAAAAGGAAAAGCCUUGGUGGGCUCGAACCGGCGAAGCGACGAGCAGAGGGAUCGGGGCUAUCGCCCGCUCGAGUGAUGCAGGGGACUUGCUUGCGGAAGACGCUGGGGCGCCCGACGAGACAAGUGCGAUGAUGUCAAAUACCAGUAAAAUGCUCUCCAUCAUGGGACAGACAAUGGGCGAGUUCAAGAAUGCUCCUCCCGCCUUGCACGCCACUAUCCUCGGCGGGAAGAUAGGUGUCAAGUGUACUCAGAUCGCGUAUAACCGGCAUCGUAGAGCGAAAGGUGCGGCAAGCACGAUCGACAUGCCUACAAAUGACGAGCCUUUCACCUUUGACGACUCCAUGUUGGAGGAAUCAGAUUUGAGUGACGAUUACUACCUGGCUGACGAAGGAACACCGCAAGGCUCGUGGAAUCAAGAUCCUUCCAAACCUUACGAACCGUGGAGUCCACCAAUGAGCAGGACAUCUUCCAUGCGUAGCGGCUACCAACGUACAACACCACCACAGGCUGGUAUACUGGCGACCAUUGCCUCAUCAAACACAUACACAGGCCCUCGAACCCCGAGUAGGUACGCGGGUCCCUGGUCUCCAAGCAUAUCCUCUGGCCCGCUAUCUCCAGACGAACGUAGAUUCUCAAUCACAACGUCAUUCACAACGUCAACUGUCAGUAGCCCAACAGGCUCGUACUUUCCCUCAAUGCCCAAGCCGGAAUCCGACUAUGGUGAUCAACCACCAAGUCCAUUGUCUGUCCGAAGGAAUGUAGAAUGGAGUCAGCACUUUCGACGUGCUUCCGUCGAGGGUUCACAAAGACAAGAGGAGAGCGAACCGGAGGAAUAUUCCGAAGACGAGGAUGGACGGACCGAAUUGGGAGAACACGAUGUCUUCAAUACAGCUGGUAUUGGAGGCUGGGGUGAGGAAGAGGUUUGA